GUUUUGUAGGGCAGGAGGAUUCGGGAGCCGCCAAGCAUGCCAGAUCUUCCAUGACCCCAUUCCUCUUCUUGUAACACAGCACAUCUUCAGAGUUGUCGACAUUCUUCCAAGACACUAGAAAAUGAACAAAUCCCAGACCACAGGACCUGUAAAGAGAUGUUCUUUUCUUCAUGCCAGAUAUUGAUUGAACAGAAAUUCCAGGGAUCAGUAUCAUUUGAGGAUGUGACUGUGGGCUUUACCCAGGAGGAGUGGGAGCACCUGGACCCUGUGCAAAGGUCCCUGUACAGAGAUGUGAUGCUGGAGAACUAUAGCCACCUUGUCUCAGUGGGGUAUUGUGUUACCAAACCAGAGGUGAUCUUCAGGCUAGAGCAAGGAGAGGAGCCAUGGAUAUUGGAGGAAGAAUUCCCAAGCUGGAGCUUCCCAGAAAUCUGGGAAACCGAUCACACAAAAGAAAGGAGCCAUGAAAACCAGCCUAAACAUGUGUGGGAAGUUGCAUUCAUCAAUAAUAAAACGCUAACUAAAGAGCGAGGUAAUGUAGGAAGACCACUUAACUUGGACACACAUACUUUUCCUCCCAGAAAAACCCUCUGUCAGUGUGACUCAUGUGGAGUGAGUUUCAACUGUAUUUCAGAAUUGUUUAUCAAUAAGAAAAACUAUUUAGGAAAAAAGACUGAUGAAUUUAAUGCCUGUGGAAAAUUGCUACUCAGUAUUAAACAUGAGAAAACUCAUACUAGAGAGAAAAGUGAAUUUUUUAAAAAUGGGAAAACUUUUAGUCAUGAUGAGGACUCUAUUCAUCAUAAGAAGAUUCAAACUCUAGAGCAAAAUUUUGAUUAUAACAUUUAUCAGGAAACUUUCCUUGAAAAGGCAAUAUUCAGUACAUACAAGAGAGAGAUCACAAAAGGGAAUGACUGUGAAUGUAAUGAAUAUGGGAGAACCUUCUUUGAUAACUCCUCCUUAUUCCAUCAGAUAAAUUCCUCAAAGGAAAAUCACUAUGGAUUUAGUUGUGGAAAAUCCUUAUGUGUGAAGUCUACCCUUCUGAAACAUCAUGGGGCACAUAUGAAACACUAUGAAUGUAAUGAAAGUGGAAAUAAUUUCAGGAGGAAUUUAUGCCUUUCACAACUUCAGAAAACUGAUAAAGGAGAAAAACACUUUGAAUGUAAUGAAUGUGGGAAAGCGUUUUGGGAGAAGUCCCACCUCACUCGACAUCAGAGGAUACACACAGGAGAGAAGCGCUUUCAGUGUAAUGAAUGUGGGAAAACUUUCUGGGAGAAGUCAAACCUCACCAAACAUCAGAGGUCACACACAGGGGAGAAACCCUAUGUGUGCAGUGAAUGUGGGAAAGCCUUCAGCCACAAGUCAGCCCUCACAUUACACCAGAGAACACAUACUGGGGAGAAACCCUAUCAGUGUAAUGCAUGUGGGAAGACCUUUUACCAGAAGUCAGACCUCACUAAACACCAGAGAACACACACAGGGCUGAAACCCUAUGAAUGCUAUGAAUGUGGCAAAUCUUUCUGUAUGAACUCACACCUUACAGUGCAUCAGAGAACUCAUACAGGUGAGAAACCCUUUGAAUGUCCUGACUGUGGGAAAUCUUUCUGUCAGAAGUCACAUCUUACACAACAUCAGAGAACUCACAUAGGAGAUAAACCCUACGAAUGUAAUGCAUGUGGGAAAACUUUCUACCACAAGUCAGUACUCACCAGGCAUCAGAUAAUUCAUACAGGGUUGAAACCUUAUGAAUGUUAUGAAUGUGGGAAAACCUUCUGCUUGAAGUCUGACCUCACAGUACAUCAGAGAACUCACACAGGGGAGAAGCCCUUUGCAUGCCCUGAAUGUGGGAAAUUCUUCAGCCAUAAGUCUACCCUCUCUCAGCAUUAUCGGACACAUACAGGGGAGAAACCCUUUGAAUGUAACGAAUGUGGGAAAAUCUUCUAUAAUAAAUCAUACCUAACAAAACAUAAUAGAACACACACGGGGGAGAAACCCUAUGAAUGUAACGAAUGUGGGAAAACCUUCUGCCAGAAGUCUCAGCUCACUCAGCACCAGAGAAUUCACAUAGGUGAGAAACCCUAUGAGUGUAAUGAAUGUGGAAAGGCUUUCUGUCAUAAGUCAGCUCUAAUUGUCCACCAGAGAACUCAUACAGAAGAAAAGCCCUAUAAAUGUAAUGAAUGUGGAAAAUCUUUCUGUGUGAAGUCAGGACUUAUUUUACAUCAGAGAAAACACACAGGGGAGAAACCCUAUGAAUGUAACGAAUGUGGGAAAUCCUUCAGUCACAAAUCUUCCCUCACAGUGCAUCACAGAGCCCACACAGGAGAGAAGUCUUGUCAGUGUAAUGAAUGUGGGAAAAUAUUUUACCGUAAAUCAGACCUUGCUAAACAUCAGAGAUCACACACAGGGGAGAAGCCCUAUGAAUGUAACACAUGUGGAAAAACCUUCUCUCAGAAGUCAAACCUCAUUGUGCAUCAGAGAACACACGCAGGACAAAAACCUUAUGAUUGUCGCGUCGGCCGCCGCGGCCUCGCGAGAAGACGGCCCCGGAUGCUCCCGCGGCUCAGGGCCAGGCGCAGGCGGGGGUGCGUGGCUGCUGUCCCCUUACAGUUAUCCACAGUCUUCCAGGGCCAGCAGAAGAUGAUCACAUCCCAGGGAUCAUUGUCAUUCAGGGAUGUGACUGUGGGCUUCACCCAGGAGGAGUGGCAGCACCUGGACCCUGCGCAGAGGUCCCUGUACAGGGACGUGAUGCUGGAGAACUAUAGCCACCUUGUCUCACUGGGGUAUUCCAUUUCUAAACCAGAAGUGAUCCUCAAGUUGGAGCAAGGAGAGGAGCCGUGGAUAUUAGAGGAAGAGUUCCCAAGCCAGAGUGACCCCGAAUUAAUUAAUAAUAGUAGAAACUAUUCAAGAAAGAAGUUCAGUGAGUUUAACAAAGGUAGAAAUUGGCUCCAUAAUAAGUAUGAAAGAAUUCAUUCUGAAGAGAAACCUUAUGAAUAUAAUAAAAAUGGGAAUGGCCUCCACCUUAAUGAAGACUUUGUUCACCAUCAGAAAAUUCAAAUUUUGGAGCAACCUUUUGAAUACAGUGAAUGUAGGAAAGCUUUCCAUGAGAAUUCACUCUUUGUUGUACAUAAGAAAGCUUACACAGGAAAGAAUACCUGUGAAUACAGUGAAUGUGGGAAGAUCUUCUGUGAUAUGUCAUCUCUCAUUGCUCAUCAGAGAACACAUCCAAGAGAGAAUCACUGUGAAUUUAAUGAAUGUAGAGAAAAUUUCUUUGAGGAAUCCAUUCUCUUUGAGCAUCAGAGUGUUCAGCCUUUCAUUCAGAAGUCAAACCUCAUUCCAAUUCGGAGAACCCACUCAAUUGACAAUAUACUUGAAUAUAAUGAAUGUGGAGCGUUUUUCAGUAAAAAGUUAGUCUUUGGUGUACAGCAGAGAACACACACAGGAGAAGAACCUUAUGAAUGUCAUGAGUGUGGAAAAACCUUCAACCAGAAGUCAGCCCACACAAGACAUCAGAGAACACACACAGGGGAAAAAUCUUGUGAAUGUCAUGAAUGUGGGAAAACUUUCUACAAGAAUUCAGACCUCAUUAAACACCAGAGAAUUCACACAGGGGAGAAACCUUUUGAAUGUCAGGAAUGUGGGAAAUCCUUCAGUGAAAAGUCUACCCUCACUCAACAUCGGAGAACACACACAGGGGAGAAACCAUAUGAAUGCCGUGAAUGUGGGAAAGCCUUCUCAUUUAAGUCCGUCCUUACUGUACAUCAAAAAACACACACAGGGGAGAAGCCCUAUGAGUGUCAUGAAUGUAGGAAGGCCUUUCUCAGAAAAUCAGACCUCAUUAAACAUCAAAGAACUCACACAGGGGAAAAACCUUAUGAAUGUAACGAAUGUGGGAAAUCCUUCUCUGAGAAGUCAACCCUUACCAAACAUCUGAGAACUCACACAGGUGAGAAACCCUAUGAAUGUAUUGAAUGUGGAAAAUUUUUCUGCUAUUACUCGGGUUUCACAGAACAUCAGAGAAGACACACAGGGGAGAAACCUUUUGGAUGUAAUGAAUGCGGGAAAAAUUUCCGUCAGAAGUCAGCUCUAAUUGUUCAUCAGAGAACUCACAUAAGACAGAAACCUUAUGAAUGUAAUGAAUGUGGAAAAUCAUUCUGUGUAAAGUCAAAACUCAUUGCACAUCAUAGAACACACACGGGGGAAAAACCCUAUGAAUGUAAUGUUUGUGGAAAAUCAUUCUAUGUGAAGUCUAAACUCACUGUACAUCAACGAACACAUUUGGGGAGAAACCCUAUAAAUGUAAUAAAUGAGGGAAAUCACUCUGGGUGAAGUCAAGAGUCUAUAGAAAAAACACAAAAGGGGAGAAAAAUCCAUUGAUACAAUGAUUUUGAAAACAUCUUUGGUCUAAAGUCUGUUCUCACAAUGUAGCAGAGACCUUAUAGAAGGGAGAGAAUGAUUUGAAGCUGUGGAAUAUAGAAAACUUUUGUGCUGGAAUUUGAACCAUACAGUAUAUCAGAAAACUCAGUGUGGAAACCUAUUGGUGAAUGAAUGUAGGGAACCUUUUGCCCAAAGCCACUUCUCACUAAACAUCAAACAAAACACAUAAGUUAGAAACCUUUGUCAACAUUCAUAGGCUAGAGAAGACUUUAUCCACAGGUUUUAGAAAAUGCACAAAUUAUAGGAAACUAUAGGAAAGCAUGUACGAUGACGUGAAAGUUUAUUAGACUUGUGUUAAGUGCUUAAAGUAGCAUUUGGUGGAUGUUGGAAGUUACUAGAGAAAAUACUUUAAAUAUGUGGAAGCUUUAAGUUAAACUCUAAGCUUAUACAUCAGAGAUUUUGAGUUGAAGGGUUGCUAGCAAUUUAGGAAAUGUGGAGAAUGUUUUCAUUUAGAAAUAACAUUUUAUUUUUGUUAAGAUACACUUUGGCCCAUUGCCAGGUCCGUUGUUCCCCUCUGUUGAAGGUAUUACUAUUUUUGCCCCACCUUUUCUAAUAAAGAUACCCAGGAUGUUUAGGGUAUUAGCUGUGAAAACACACCACACUGGGACCAGCAGUUGUAAGCAUAUCAGAGGUUUACUCCUCAGGCAUAUGCAGAGCAAGCGGAGACUUUUAGCAAGAGGAUCCACCCACAGGACUUUCUGAUGUCCAGGUAAAAGAUUUUGGAGCUGGUGACACAAGAGGAGCUUGCCAGCAGGAUGUUAGUGAUUCUGAAACAGACUGAUUUUGAGUGGCUCAUCCUGGAAUAGUGGAUCAGAGGGGAAGGGUGAGUUGCUGUGCGUGCAGCUUAGUGAAUGUAGUGGAAGUGAGUGUGGAGCAUAGGUGGUCUCUGUCCCGGCAAGUGUCAUCCUGUUGUGAGAGACUUACUGUACCCAGCUCUAGUUCUCCACAUACUUAACACCUUUUAUAUGUAACAAUUUCCAAAAAAUGAAACAUUUAUAUAUGAAAAUGUGUUCUUAAUUGUAAAGCUUUAGGGGUGCCUCGGUGGCUCAGUCAUUAAGCGUCUGCCUUCGCCUCAGGGCGCGAUCCCAGCGUUCUGGGAUCG